AUGCAGCAUCACCCCCACCAUCAGCAACAGGGUCAAGCACCUAACCAACAUCUGCAACGGCAACCGCAUCCCCAGCACCCGCGACCCUCGAGCGUGGUUCAUCAGCAACACCAUUCCCAGCCGCAGUCGCAACACCAACACCCUUCCGCCUACGCGCAAGGACACUCCAUCGCACCUGCCUACCACCAGUCCGCCGCUCAACCGAGCAGCGCACAGCAUCCUCAAGACGGCGGUCUGCCAUACUACACUCAUCCGAGCCCCUACAGCACGCCCGGCGCGACCAGCGGAUACACAUCCGCAGACACGUCCGACAUGAUGGCCGCCGCUCAAAUGCCGAGACCACCUUACCCGCCCAUGUCAUACCAUACGCCGCAGUCCAACUCGCCUGCCUCUGUUGCUUCGCCCUCUCAGCAUGAUCAGCACCGAAGUAUCUACGCGCAGCCUCCCUCGCAGCAUCUUCAACAAAACAUGUACUACCCGCCGCACCAGCCCCAUUACCCGUCGAUGCAGGCCCAGUCCCAGCAGUCGCCCUACGCGCAACACACUGCACAGGCCCACCCGUCCAUGCCGUCGCAGCAGAGCAUGAUGAUGCCGCAGGCGCAGCAGCAGCAGCAGCAGCCUCAAAUCCAGCAGCAGCAACAGCAGCAACAGCAGCAGCAACAAUCAUCCCAGCAUGCUCAGGCGCAAGCGCAGGCUCAGGCGCAGAUGGCAAACAGCCCCCGCCACCAGCACAUGAAGCAGGAGCAGCAGCAGGUGCCCCACCAGCUGCAGAAGCCUCAGCCAGCCCCAAUGAGCCACAGCCCGCACCCUCCGAACGGAACGGCUCUGUCCACGCCUACGGGCUCGACGUCGGGAGCUGUCAACCCCAACGCGGCGCCUGGUCCUAUCCCCGCGACCACGCCCCUGGUCGUUCGUCAAGACCAGAACGGCGUCCAAUGGAUCGCGUUUGAGUAUUCUCGGGAUCGCGUCAAGAUGGAAUACACGAUUCGCUGUGACGUCGAGUCGGUCAACACGGACGAGCUGUCUGCCGACUUCAAAACGGAGAACUGUGUCUAUCCCCGGGCCUGCUGCCCCAAGGACCAGUACAGGGGCAACCGACAGGUGUACGAAACGGAAUGCAACACGGUCGGCUGGGCCCUGGCUCAGCUAAACCCCUCUCUGCGAGGCAAGCGUGGUCUGAUCCAGCGUGCGGUUGACAGCUGGAGGAACAGUAACCAAGAUCCGAGACUGCGGAGCCGAAGGGUCCGACGACAGGCGAAGCUCAACACGCGGAAGAGCGUAUCACAGCCACCCCACCCCGGAUCCCACAUGUCCGGCCCUAGCCCGCCAGGCAUGCCUCAAGCUCCGGGUGGCAUGGGUGCGGGAGGUGCAGCCAAGAUGCCUGGAAUGGGUAACAUGGGUCACAUGGGUCACAACACCGCUCCCGGAGGCGGGGAAGAAGUCGGCGAUGACUACAUGGACGAUCAGCAAGGUCAUCACCACCACCAUCAAGCCCCAGCGGGCCAACCGGGCGCCGCCGGCGAUGACGUGAGGCAAUCGCAGGUUUUCAACAGCAGCGGUUAUGGUGGCCACUCGGCCUAUCCCGCCCCCAACCAGGCCUCCAUGCCACACAUGGGCAGCGCCCCUCACGGCGGCCCCAUCACGGCUCGUCGUCAGAGCCGCAGCGAGCCAGAUGAGCCGGAGAAUCUGUUUCCCAACAUUCCCGAGGCCAAGAAACGCAAGUUCAUCCUGGUCGAAGACAACGUCCGUGGCUCCCGUCUUCGCGUCCGUGUCACCCUCGACGGCGUCGACACGCGCGAGAUCCCUGAUUCUUUCCGCAAGGGGUCCUCUGUCUACCCCCGCUCGUACUUCCCCCGCGAAAUGCAGAGUCCGCCCCCGUCGGCAACCGGCUCCAAGUUCUUCACGGACGACGCCGAAGACGAAGACGACGGCAUCGAGGAAACUGAUAGCCACGGCGGCCGCCGGGCCCGUGGCAACCUCACCAGGAUGGUCAAGGUGCCUAUCGGCGAGAACACGGAGGCCGAGGUUGCCAUUCCCAGAAUGAGGAAAGCCAUGCGUGGCAAGGAAGUGCGAUUGAAUGAUCUGGGCUACCGCAUGGCCUGGCUUCAAAGCCGUGUCUUCGCUGGGCGUACCGUCUUCCUGCAGCGAGCCCUCGACUGCUAUCGCAAUAAGACGCGAUCGGCCAUUGAGUCCAUCAUGCAGGACGUCAAGGUGCUCGCACCUCAUUACGAGACCCGCGUCGGCAAGCGGCGCUGGAACGAUCGGAUGCGGAAGGGCGAGAGCGACGAGUAA